AAGAACGAAGCUUUUGUAGACUGUAGAUUGGGAAGUAAAACCCUAGAAAAAGAUCAAAGAAUAACCUAAUCCCUCGACUGAUCAAUUAGACGAUCCAAUCGUUUCACAUUUCGAUACAGGUGUAUUUGAUUGCAAAUAUUAGAUAUGUUUAACAUUGCAAAAAAGUUCUGCAAAAGGGUAAGCGUGAAGGAGCUUGUUACCAGCGCUCCUGUGUACGGCACAAUUGCGGACGAGUCUUCUUCUGGCUUAAGUUUGAUGCUUAAGAGGUGGGCUAGUAAGAAGACUGCUGGAUCAACAAAGAACGGAAGAGACUCGAAACCAAAGAAUCUUGGGGUGAAGAAGUUCGGCGGCGAGAGGGUGAUUCCCGGGAACAUUAUAGUUCGCCAACGAGGAACCCGAUUCCAUCCCGGAAACUAUGUCGGGAUUGGGAAAGAUCAUACUCUCUAUGCCCUCAAGGAAGGUUGUGUGAAAUUCGAGACACAUAAGCUUAGUGGGCGCAAAUGGGUACAUAUUGAGCCUAAGGAAGGACAUGUCCUUCACCCUCUUUAUGCAACUGCUGGUCCAGGAGAGCUAAAGACGGCCACAUAAGAGUUGCUCCAUAGUUGUUUGUUUAAGCAAUCAAGUUUGCGAUUUCCAUGGUGAUCUUGGAUAUUCAACUACCAAUCGUAUCCGAGGAUUUUGGGAGAUACAAAUUAAAAGAACCAUGAGGUUUGCUCCC